GGCGCCGCGACCGGCUCGCUGAGCAGUGGCUUGGGGACAUGGCGACGCCCGGUCGUGUGGCCCCGGCGGCCCCCUUUGACCCUUCGCAGCCCCCCGUCAUCGAAGGCUUUAGCCCCACCGUCUUCGAGCCGACAGAAAGCGUCAAGGACAAGUUCAUUCGCAAAACCCGCGAGAACCCGUUGGUGCCCAUAGGCUGCCUGGGCACGGCCACCGCCCUCCUGUACGGCCUCUACUGCUUCCACCGCGGCCAGAGCCAACGUUCGCAGCUCAUGAUGCGCACCCGGAUCGCCGCGCAGGGCUUGACGGUCGCGGCCAUCCUGCUGGGCCUGGCCUCCUCCGCGAUGAAGUCGCGAGCCUGAUGAAGUCGAGCCCUGAACCUUGCCCCUGCCCCCCCCUCCACUCCUGUGAACGUCUACCGAAGGCCAGGACUCCGGUGGCCAGUUGUGUAACUGACCAUUUUUUUUUAAAUUCAGGAAUCGCAGAUCGGUUCCGUUGGCAUGUGGCACAUUUCUCUAGGUGCCUCCCUUUCUCUGUUUAUUAUUAAUAAACACUGAUACCUUCUCCUCCA